AUGGAUUUUGCUCGAGUCCUCUCCAAGCCGACGUCCUUUCGUCUGGCACAGGUUGCCCAGGAUGCUUACGAAUUGCCGUUGAGGGUCUUGAAGAACGGCGGCAGCCCGGAAGCCCACCCGUCGCUGGCUCACCUCUGCCUUCUCGUCUUCGAAGCCGUUCUGGAAGUCGUCUGCGUGAGCUUGCCGGGCUACAUCAUUGCCAGGCUAGGUCACUUCGAUGCCGAUAAGCAAAAGUUCCUGGCAAACCUCAACGUCAUGCUAUUCACGCCGUGCCUCAUCUUCACCAAGCUCGCCUCGCAGCUCAGCGCCGAGAAGCUGACCGAACUCGCCAUCAUCCCGGCCAUCUUCGUCGUCCAAACCGCCGUGUCGUGGGUCGUCUCCGUCCUGGUCACCAAGGCCUUUCGACUCAACAAGAGGGCGUCCAACUUUGUGACCGCCAUGGGCGUCUUUGGAAACUCCAACUCGCUCCCCAUCUCCCUCGUCAUGUCGCUCUCGCAGACAAUCAAAGGCCUGCACUGGGACAGAAUACCCGGAGAUAACGACGACGAAGUCGCCGCCAGAGGUAUACUCUAUCUUCUCAUCUUCCAGCAGCUUGGCCAACUCGUCCGCUGGAGCUGGGGCUACCAUGUCUUGUUGGCACCCAAGGACAAGUAUGCCGAGUACCAAGACGAAAUCGCCGAACAAGGGCAGCAGCGUCAUAUUCAUGAAUCUCGGGAUGAAGCCGCUCCCUUCCUCAUUUCCCGACUGGACGGGGACACUGACGAGGAAGACGAGAAUCGUAGCCUUGACUCACGCGACUAUGAACCCGCCGGCCGGACACCAGUCGUCGGCGCAUCGCAAACAUCAGUGGCAGAAUCCAGUGACGACGAGGAAUUGCUGUCCCCGAAGAAGGCCAGGACCACAUACUCCACCUUUGGGAGUAAUGGCCGGCGUGUAGCCGUAGCCGACGCCGACGCCGACGCCGACGCCGACGUCAUGCUGCCGCACGUGGGCCGCGCCGACGCUGCAUGCCGGCCGCCAACGUCCCGCGUCACGGCGUAUCUCGGCAGUCGGUUGCUUCGUGCAUACCAUGCGCUACCUCGGCCUCUGCAGGUUCUCUGCUCCCUCGCCAAGAUGUUUGCUGUCAAGUCUGGAAAGUUUGUAUGGGAAUUCAUGAACCCCCCCUUGUGGGCCAUGCUCUUUGCCGUCCUUGUCGCCUCUAUCCCCUCGUUGCAGAGGCUGUUCUUCGAGGAGGGCUCCUUUAUCGACAAUAGCGUUACCAACGCCGUCAGGUCCAGCGGUGGCGUUGCCGUGCCUUUGAUCCUGGUCGUUUUGGGCGCCAACCUCGCUCGAAACACCAUGGCUCGUGACGAUAACCACGACGCCGAGGAGGAGCAGAUUGGAACCAAGCUGCUCGUGGCGUCGCUGCUGAGCCGCAUGGUUCUCCCGACCGCAAUCAUGGCUCCGCUGCUCGCCGUCACCGCCAAGUUUCUCAACGUCAGCAUUCUGGACGACCCCAUUUUCAUCAUUGUUUGUUUCCUGCUUACUGGCGCCCCGAGCGCCCUCCAGCUCGCUCAAAUCUGCCAGAUAAACAUGGUUUUCGAGAAGACCAUGGGUCGCAUCUUGUUCCAGAGCUACGUCAUUUGGAUUCUCCCAUCCACCCUUUUCCUCGUCAUGAUGGCCCUCGAAGUUGUUGAAUGGGCCAAGUGA